UCUCUUUCUGUGUGAGCGAGAGAGAGGCUCAGGGCUGCACUCCUCCAAGGGCUUCUCGUACUCUCUCUCAGCACACGUUCACACACGCACACACGCAUCCCGUGCAUCCAGACGGGGGGCUUUCACCAUCCCAGACACACCGUCUGCUGCCCGGCGGAGCGCUGCGACUUCUGUCUGGGAGAGCCGGACGGAGAGGAGGGAUUUUACCCAGGAUCCGUCCGUGAUUUGCAACAGCAUGCGCCCGCCGAGCCAGACUUUAUCCCAAGGUUGAGCCGAGCGCUGCAGCAGGCGACGAGGGAGGAAUGGAUCGUAGAGAGAGCAGGACGUGGAACUGAGUGCGUUUGCGUCGUCGGAGGAUGCUUUGGGCAUCGCGGCAGGACGUUUAAGAGUUGGAUGGAUUUUGCAUGCUGUCGGAGAGGGUUGCCAUUCAGAGACAUGAGGCCUCUUCUGAAGAACACCCUUUAAUAUUUCCCUCACUGAGGAUGUGCAACGAUUUCUGCUCGGCACAACCACGUCUGAGGUCACUUCUUCUCUAGACCCUCUUUUAUACCUCAGGGUUGACUUUCAAAACUCAUAAGUGUCUGUGUGCUUCCUGUUGAGCACCGCUGGAUUUGCGACCAGUUUUGCUUCGCUGCAUCCGGAGUGCAAAACUGCUGAAAAAUCGCCCUCCAUGGUUUCUGCCCAUUUCAAGAAGCUAUCGUCUUACAUCGUAAAGAUUUGCAAAGGAAUGUUUACAAAGAAACUGGCAAAUACCACAAAGAAGAAAGAGAGUAGCGAAAACAAAAAAGAACCCAAAACGUCCCCCGAACUGCAUGCACGGAACCCGACGUUCUCAACCACACUAAAAAGCACAGUUAAAAAAAUCUCCAAAUGCUCAUCGGCACGCAAUAUAUCUCUUGAGGAGGAUGACGGAAAAAACGACUGUUCUUCUCUCUCGCCAACAUUCAGUUACCGUGUAGCAAUUGCCAAUGGACUUCCAAAACAUGCCCUCUUUCUGAACAAUAAUGAAUUUCAUGAGGUCUUGUCAAUUGAUAGCGAUUACUCUGACUCUCUAAACGAGGCAAAACUUGUCCAUAGAUUCGAUGAACAUAAAGCUUAUACAAUGCCAGUAAGAAGGAACAGGAAGAGUUUGAUUAGUUUAGCGCCCUCUGAUGGCAGCUCGGAGGGGGAGCGGGGAGAGCGCAGCAGCCUCCACACCCUUCGAUUGGGCGCUCUGAAAAAACUGAGGAAAUGGAAGAAGAGCCAAGAAUGUGUGUCCUCGGACUCAGAGGCCAGCAACUGGAGAAAGACUCUUGGCAUCAGAAGCAAAUCUCUGGACAGGGCUGGCCGACACCAGAAAACCACUACCCUGGAGCCAGGAUCCAGCUCGACGGGAUGUAUCAGUCAGACUCAGGAUGUGAUGGAGAUGAUCUUCAAAGAACUUCAGGGAAUCAGUCAGAUCGAGUCUGAGCUCUCAGAACUGAGAGGGCACGUUAACGCUCUCAAAAGCUCCAUCGACGAGAUCUCCAGCAGCGUGGAGGUGGUGCAGAGUGAAAUCGAGCAGCUCCGUUCAGGUUUCGUGCAGUCCAGACGUGAGACUCGAGACAUCCAUGACUACAUCAGACAGAUUAGCCAACAGACCAACAAAGCUACUCUGAGAUUUCUAAAUGUGCCUGAGGAGAAGUACGAAAAAACAGAAGAUCUUAUUUAUCAGAUCCUAAAAGAGAAAAUGGGUUUUGCUGACGCAUGCAAGACAUUUAAAAUUGAACUGGCCCAUCGACUAGGGCAACAAAGAGAAUGUUACAAUGCUAAACCUCGACCAAUCGUAGUUAUAUUUUCAAGCCCACAAGACAGGGAUUUAGUUUUGAAAAAGUGUUAUAAGCUAAAAGGGACUGGAAUAUCCAUCUCAACCGAUAGUCUAGCACACGAAUCGAAAGAAAAGCGAGACAAGCCGAUGGCUUCCUCCCAGACUUAUGAAAGCAUGGACAUCAAGGUCUCAGCCAAAGACAAGGCUGAAAGCGAUGACUGGGACUCCAUGGAAAGCGACAAAGAGCUUGAUGAAUUAAACAAGAAUAAAUAUGCAAUUGUGUCCAAACCACCUCCGAAAAGUAAAUCGGACAAGAAAAAGUCUCACGAUCACCGAAGGAUGGCCGAUGACUCUGCGUACUCUGUACACUAUGCGGAUGGUACAGCUUAUGAUGAUCACGACAAGCAAAGCAAGUCCUACUAUUCCGACAUAACACCUGGAUGGCUUUCUCAGAGCGACUACUCCACUCCCAAACUCAGCCGGUCUGAAUCGGACUGCUCCAAACUUUGCCAGUCUUACUCCGAGGACUUCUCCGAGAGUCAGUAUUUCAGCAGAGUCAAUGGCUGCUCCUUGCUUUCCUCCUCAGAUCAGGAACUUUGGCAACGGAAGCAAGAAGACAUGGCGUCCUCCUGGUACGCCAGUCCUCCUAGUCAAACUCUGAGCCAAGAACGACCUUAUGCAGAACAUAAUGAAGUUGAAACCACUGAGACUAUUGACAGUGGUGUAAGUAAUGGUCUUGUUUGUAUAUCAGGGGACAGGAGCCAUUACAGCGGCUCUCAGCUGUCGCUGCAGGGUGACCUUUCACCAUGGAAAGACUGGCAUCACCUUGAACAAGGUGCUGAUUCAGGUUUGGAUGCCUCCACUGAACAGAACAUAAUCUCUGAAAUCAGUAGCCCCUUUGACCCUGCAGCCAACCCUGGUUUCCCUGAGAAAAUUACUAAAUGCCUUGAGGUUGAUUUGCAAUUUGAAGGUGAGACCUUUUUGACCCUUGAUAGCACUCCUGAGACAGGCCAAGAUCAAGAUAUAGAUAUAGAACCUGAAUAUUUAGAACCUGAGCUUGAGCCAGUGCCAGAACCUGAGCCAGAACCAGAACAAAUGCCACAGCCAGAACCUGAACCUGAACCAGAGCCAGAACCAGAGCCAGAGGCUAUAAUUGAACCCAUGCCAAAACCAGUACCUAAACCUGCAGCAGAACCGCCACCCGAAAAGAAGCCCAAGACCAAGAAGAUCCACGCCAAGCCUGAAUCAGCUCCACAAACUUUGCAGAGACAGGAUGUGAACCACCUCCAGCAAAGCCAGAAAUCUUCCUCCAUGUACCGGAGCCAGAGCGAGAUCAGGAAUGAGAAAGUGGAGGAAGUCCCCAAAUCCUGGAGUAGCAGGCUCAGCAUAGACCUCAGCGAAAAAACCUUUAGCUUUGGAGGAUUUGGAUCCACCCUGCAAAGAGCAAAGUCAGCUUUGGAUUUUGUGUGGAAUAAGGGUUCCCAAAGCACUAGUGCUCCGGUUGAAGAACCGAGCAACACCUCGUUCAUGGGUAGGUUCAGAACCAUGUCCCAGUCCACAGCGAACAGCUCCAGCACAACCAUUGACUCUGACGUCUACACAGAACCUUUCUACUACAAGGCAGAAGAUGAAGAACAACCUGCCGAACAACCUGUGGACAAUGAGACACAUUACGUUGAGGUGAUGGAACAAGUGCUCGCCAAUCUGGAAAACAGAACAAAUGCAAACGAGGCUGAGGAGCAGUACCAAGAAGAGGAAUACGAUGUCUCACAAGAGUAUGACAUCUCGCAAGAGGGUAACCUCGUGCUGGAAUAUGACUGCAGCCUUGAUGAGCAGUACGAUGAGGAAUACAGUGAGGAGUAUGAUGACAAUCCAAUGACUGAAGACACGGCAGAGUAUGAGGUGAGUUUGGUGGAUUAUGUGGAGGAAACCGAGGAGCCGGAAGCAGAGACCGAGGAACAGGAGGAGAGCAAAGAGGAGGUGCAGGAGGCUCAAGAAACAUCAGAAACGAAGGGAGCGGAUAAGGUAAAAGAGACUGUAGAGCAAGAGGAUGAGAACAAAAAUGUUACAGAGGUUCCUGUGCAAGAAGCACCACCACCCAAAAAAAGGAUACGUCCCACCUUCAAAGAGGCGGCACUGAGAGCUUACAGGAAGCAGAUGGCUGAGCUGGAACAGCAGAUCCUGGCAGGAGACAGCACUGCUCUGGACACCGAGGGUCGCGCCAACAUCUUGGACGCAGCCAAACUGGGGCUGAGCGGUGGAGGGGUUGGCAGUAUACUUUACGGCAUUGACAGCAUGCCAGAUUUACGUCGCAAGAGGACCAUGCCUAUUGUCCGAGACCUGACAUUGGCUGCUCGAAAGGCAGGCAUUGCGUUUGGGCUCGUGAACAGAUCGACUCUGAAUAACGAGGAGCUGAAACUGCAUGUGCUCAGAAAGACCCUGCAAGCGCUGAUCUAUCCCAUCUCCUCCACAACGCCCCAUAAUUUCGAGGUGUGGACGGCCACGGCACCCACCUACUGUCACGAGUGUGAGGGUCUGCUGUGGGGCAUUGCCCGGCAGGGAAUGCGCUGCACCGAAUGCGGGGUCAAAUGCCACGAGAAAUGCCAGGACCUCCUGAACGCAGACUGUCUGCAACGUGCUGUAGAGAAGAGCUCGAAACAUGGAGCCGAAGACAAAACCCAAAACAUCAUCAUGGCCAUGAAAGAACGGAUGAAAAUCAGGGAGAAGAACCGGCCCGAGGUGUUCGAGGUGAUCCAGGAAAUGUUUCAGCUCUCGAAGGAAGAUUUCAACACUCACCUAAAGACGGCCAAACAGGCUGUGCUGGAGGGGACUUCAAAGUGGUCUGCCAAAAUCACCAUCACAGUUGUGUGUGCACAAGGUUUGCAAGCCAAAGACAAGACGGGCUCCAGCGACCCCUACGUCACAGUGCAAGUCGGAAAGACCAAACGCAGGACCAAAACCGUUUUCGGCAAUCUCAACCCGGUCUGGGAAGAGAAGUUCUUCUUUGAGUGUCAUAACGCCACAGACCGUAUAAAGGUCCGUGUGUGGGAUGAAGAUGAUGAUAUAAAGUCCAGAGUGAAGCAACACUUUAAGAAGGAAUCUGAUGAUUUCCUGGGUCAGACCAUCAUCGAGGUGCGGAUGCUGAGCGGGGAGAUGGACGUCUGGUAUAAUCUCGAGAAGCGGACGGAUAAGUCGAUGGUUUCAGGGGCCAUCAGGCUGAAGAUCAGCGUGGAGAUGAAGGGAGAAGAGAAGGUGGCUCCUCCUCACGGGCAGUACACAUGUUUACACGAGAAUCUCUUCCACUACCUGACGGAGGUCAAGAACAACGGAGUCGUGAAGAUCCCGGAGGUCAAAGGCGACGACGCCUGGAAGGUUUACUUCGAUGACGUGUCACAGGAGAUCGUGGAUGAGUUCGCCAUGCGUUUCGGUGUGGAGUCCAUCUACCAGGCCAUGACGCAUUUCUCAUGUCUCUCGUCCAAGUACAUGUGUCCUGGUGUUCCUGCGGUGAUGAGUAACCUGCUUGCCAACAUCAACGCCUACUUCGCUCACACGACAACGGCAACCACCAACAUCUCGGCUUCUGACCGAUUCGCAGCAUCCAACUUUGGGAGAGAGAAGUUUGUCAAACUCUUGGAUCAGCUUCACAACUCUCUGAGGAUCGACCUCUCCAAGUAUCGGGAUAACUUUCCUGCAGGAAAUCCAGAGAGACUCCAGGACUUGAAAUCAACCGUCGACCUGUUGACAAGCAUCACCUUCUUCAGGAUGAAGGUGCAAGAGCUGCAGAAUCCUCCCAGAGCCAGUAUGGUGGUUAAGGACUGUGUGAAGGCCUGUUUGGACUCCACCUACAAAUACAUCUUUGACAACUGCCAUGAGCUCUACAACCAACUACUGGACCAGGCUAAGAAGCAGGAACUGCCUCGCGAGGAACAGGGUCCGUCCAUCAAGAACCUGGACUUCUGGCCCAAACUGAUCACGUUGAUGGUGUCUGUAAUUGAUGAGGACAGAAUGGCCUACACACCCAUCAUUAACCAGUUCCCUCAAGAGUUGAAUAUGGGUAGAAUUAGUGCUGAAAUCAUGUGGACUCUCUUCGCCAUGGAUAUGAAGUACGCAAUGGAGGAACACGACAAGCAUCGUUUAUGCAAGAGCACAGAGUACAUGAAUUUGCACUUCAAAGUCAAAUGGUUCCACAACGAGUACGUGCGAGACCUGCCUUCCUUUAAGGGGAUUCCUCCAGAGUAUUCGCUGUGGUUCGAGCCGUUUGUUAUCCAGUGGUUGGAUGAAAAUGAAGAUGUAGCGAUGGAUUUCCUCAACGGAGCUCUAGAGAGAGAUAAAAAAGAUGGGUUCCAGCAGACGUCAGAACACGCUCUCUUCUCCUGCUCGGUGGUGGACGUGUUCACGCAGCUCAACCAAAGCUUUGAGAUCAUCAAGAAGCUGGAGUGUCCGAACCCUCAAGCUCUCGCUCACUUCAUGCGCAGGUUUGCAAAGACCAUAAAUAAAGUUCUUCUCCAGUAUGCUGCAAUCAUCUCUAAAGACUUCAGCAACCACCUGAGCAAGGAGAAAGUGCCCUGUAUCCUCUUGAACAACAUCCAGCAGCUCCGAGUUCAGCUGGAGAAGAUGUUCGAGUCCAUGGGAGGAAAACAGGAGGAAGGGACUGUGGUCUUCUGCAAGCUGGACGCGGAGGCCAGUGGUCUGCUGAAAGAGCUGCAGAAUAAACUCAAUACGGUGCUGGACGAGCUCAGCGGCGUCUUCGGCUCCAGUUUCAAGCCAGUGAUUGAGGACUGUGUCAAACAAAUGAACCAGGAGCUGAUACAGAUGAAAGGAAACGCAGGGAACAAGAGCAACGCAGCCAUGGACGCCGAGACCGUCCUGAGACCCCUCAUGGACCUGCUGGACAAGAACCUAAUUCUGUUUGCCAAGAUCUGUGAGAAGACGGUUCUCAAGCGGGUCCUGAAGGAGCUGUGGAAGAUAGUUCUCAACACCAUCGAGCGACAGAUUGUUCUUCCGCCCCUCUCAGACCAGACACAAGGGGCUCAGAUGAUUUUCAGUGCUGCCAAGGACCUCGGUCAGCUCUCCAAACUCAAGGAGCAUGUGAUCCGGGAGGAAGCUCGCAGUCUGAGUCCUCGACAAUGUGCCGCCAUGGAUUUAGUGCUUCCCACCAUCAAGCAAUAUUUCCAUGCGGGUGGAAACGGUCUGAAGAAAACCUUCCUGGAGAAGAGCCCCGAUCUCAAGUCCUUGAAAUACGCCCUCAGCCUUUACACUCAACCCACAGAUGCCUUGAUCAAGAAAUAUAUAUGCACCCAAACCUCUCAAGGUCAGUCCACGUCUGGAUCCAUCGGGGAGGUCGCCAUCCAGGUGGACCUGAUCUCACACCCCGGCACUGGAGAGCACAAAGUCAGCGUCAAAGUUGUGGGUGUGAACAAUAUCAACUGGCAGACGAAUGCCAUGUUUCGCCCCUUCGUGGAGGUCAACGCCAUCGGCCCGCACCUGGCUGACAAGAAACGCAAGUUUAGCACCAAAACCAAGAAUAACAACUGGUCUCCAAAAUACAACGAAACAUUCCAGUACGUGCUGAGUAAUGAACACGGCCCAGAGGCCUACGAGCUUCACAUCUCCGUGAAGGACUACUGCUUCGCCCGAGAGGACCGAAUCAUCGGCAUGACGGUCCUUCAGCUCAGAGAACUGGCCGAGAAGGGCAGCCUGAACGCCUGCUACCCGCUCGUCAAGAGCGUUACCAUGGACGAAACCGGCCUGACCAUCAUGAGAAUACUCUCGCAAAGGACCAACGACGAAGUGGCCAAAGAGUUCGUACGUCUCAAAUCGGACACGCGGUCGGCCGAGGAAGUGUCGUAGAGAACCGGCAGGCGGGGAGAACAGAUGCGCGGUUGUGUUUGUUUUUGUGCAUGUGUGUAAAACAUCUGUUGGAAUGUUCAUUUUAAAACUACAAGUACGUACAAAAGUGUUUACCUACCGUAUGCUCUCUAUCAAAUAUUAUAUUCUACCGAGUUAUGUUCAAGAGACAGUUUUGUAUGACGAUUAGUCUUUUUGAACAGAUAUCGUAUUUGUUCAGAUAAAGUGCCAAACCAAAAAAAAAAAAAAACGACAAAAAAAAACAAUAGACUAAAUACAAACGCAUAUGAAUUAUUGGUGAAGUUGGUAUCUUUCUAAAUUUGCUCGAUUCUUUUGUCCGGUGUAUAUCAUCCUCUCUUUAAGUGUGUAGCGGUUUCGUUCGUCUUCAUUCUCGCACCGUUUUCGUUUGUUUGGUUUCGUUUUUCGCGUUUUUAACACACGGCACUGGUGGUGCAUGUCUCGUUUUCUUGGUGACGUCUCUCUCCCAUGUGUUCGCAGUGACUGUGGGCAUCGGCUCGGACCCUCUCCCCUCCAACGUUUUGUAUUUGAGUCGACUUUAAAAAGAGACCAUUUUUUAAAAUGGCGAUGACUGCUACGAAUCUCUUCAUAAGUGUUUGUAAUUUUAUAGUCGUUGACAACAAUGAAAACCGCCUCGAGCGCUGCCGGUCCAGGCAGGAGGGGUGGGAUGUUCUUUUAGUUUGUUUUUGUUACAUUACGUUUCCUUUUUUACCAUAGGCUUUCAGCCUUUCUGAAUUAUCACUGUGAACAUGGGCUCUGAAAGGCAAGCUUACAUCACAUUUGUUGACUGUUUGAUAUCAUCUUUUUAUUUUUUCAAACAAGUUUGAUUCUAAAAAAAAAAAUAAAAAAAGAAAAACUGCCAAAGUUAUAUGAAAAUGUUCAUACAAAAGCAAUCCAUGAUCUGUAUGGAAAUCAGUAUAUACUAUGUACACGUGCUACAUACUGUACAUUAUGUUUCUAGUCGAUGGGCCGGUUUUGAGUUCGGGAUGAUUUCUGUGAAGUUGUUUUAUCUGGUAUGAACGUGGUAAAUGUUGCUUUACAGAAGAGUCACAUCGAUCGCCGUCAUCUCAUUUAUUUUUGUUUACAGAGGAAAAAGUUUAACAUUUGGUAUUUAUGCAACAUUCCUAUGUAUUGCACUGAUGGCAAAUUGUAUGUCAUGUAAAUAUAUUUAGUGAGAAAUUGUAA